AUGCCUGUUAAGUUCGAUUGGGAUAUAGAUCCCGGAGACUUGCAGUCUUGUUUUCACCUGGAUCACGCGUUGAACACGUCGUCCGGCGACACGGAAGCCGAAUUUUACUCCAAUCGGGGAGUGAGUCCGAAUUUACCCAACGACGACAUAUGGAAAAAAUUCGAUAUGACGGACGAGUUUGGUUUCGACGAAGAAUUGGACGACCUUUUGGAAGAUGUCGCGAGCGUGACGUGGAUGAGCCCCAUGUACGAUCAGAAAAUGACGAAAGAUGCGAGGGAAAUAAGGAAUCACGAUUGCAUGUGGGCGGGUCAUUGCAUAAGCGAAAAACACGAUAAAAACAAUCAGAAAAUAUCAAAGUGCAUCAAUUUGUUGCCGUUGAAAAAACCCGCGGCGAAAGCGGAAGAGCCGAAAGUGGUGGCCGUGACCGCGACGCCCGAGAGCAAAAUGAUACCGGAGAGUAAUAAUAAAGUGUUCAUAAGGAAAAAUGCCGUCGUCGCUCCGACUCACGCGAGGAGCAUACUCCUACCCACGAGAGUCGUGAACGCUCCGGUGAAAGGCUCGCAAAAUAAACAAAACGCCGCAACAUCCGGGAGGCCAUAUGGGGGGGGGAAACCCGGUGGAGGUUUGACGGAGUCGGGCGAAUCCCCCCGUCCGGAAACUCCCCAAAGUUUAUCGGAUAACGAAGAUUUAAAUUUGGACUUGCCGGACAUAAAAACGGUCGAAGAUUUUGCCGUCGAUACUUUCGGAUAUAAUUUCGUUUGUGACAUUAUCAAUAACGUGGGAAGUGACGUAUCGAACUCGAACGAUGAUAGUGAGGUAUUCGAUUUGUAUUUGGAUGGUAUUAACGGCGGAGACACGUCGAGCGUGAAAAGCUUUACGGAAUCAUCGUCCAAAGUGUCUCCCGGUACGAAAGUUAAUCGGACUAACAUAAAGCAAGAAGUGCCUAUGACGCGACAUUAUACGACGCACAGUUUUUUCAGUGACCAUUGCUACCACCUGAGUAAAAAUGCCAGGAUGGAUAAUCUGGGAGUUCAAACGCCAUCCGAUUCUGGUGUCUCAUUAAUAUUAUUAUUAGAGUGCAUUUGA